UUACGUCACAACUGGUUGUUUGGCUUGGAGAGGUAAGGGGGAUUUGUUACACACAGGCUUUAUGAGGAUAAGCCAUCCAGUAGUAGUAGUGUGUAUCAUCCUUGCUGUUCUGAGCUGCUUUCCAGUGCCUAAAUUGUUAGAGUAUCAUGCUCUUGAAGUGUGACGCUCUUGAACUGUUCGACAUAAGCAGCACUGGAACGCUCUGGUCUUAACACCCACCAUUUCGGACUUCAGGAGCAUGGGACACCGAAAUAAAGGUUGGUGCACGAGGGGGAUAACAGAAAUGAGUAGUUCAAGUGUACCACACUCUAAGCACUGGAACGCACAAAGUAAUUGUGGAGCACUCCUGAGCUGCUCAGGAGUAACUCAAAUGGGUCACUGGAAAGCACCUCUGUUGACGUUUCGUUUUUGACAUUGAAGAAGAGAGAAGAGAAGAGAAGAGCGAAGAAGAGAGAGGGAAGUUGGCUGCUGGAAUUUGGAUAGAAAAAAAAUUAAAAUUACAAAUUUAUCAGUUUACCCUAAUCUAUUUAUUAUAUACGAAUUUAGGAAUCAAUUUCCAAAUUGGAAUUAUUUGAUGUAAAUUGAAAUACAUGCGAGGAAGAAUUAUUAAUUCGUUCAAUUUCUGAGAAAACCCUGGACAAGUUCAAUUGCAAAUAAAAUCAAUCAUUCAGUGAACAGUGAACGCCUUUUAGGUAUGUUCCAAUGGUGUUAUGUCUUAUACAGAAUUGGAACAAGGAUAUCAAGGGCUUCGUAAUAAAGUUGCAUAUCGACCAGCACAGUUCUAUGUGGGCGCCGUAAGUUGUGGAAAUUUGUAUACCUAUUUUUUCUGUUCUACUGGUUGAUAAUGAACGCCCCUAAGGGGCCCAUACCAACGGUAAUUAUACAGGACGCUGAUAAUCCAACUGUUGCACCUUCUUACUGGCAGCUGGUACAUACUAUUUUAGUUUUCAUUUUCUGCUAACAUGCUUGAUUAGUAUUGAUAUUAUUCAACUAAUUAUGUAAAGUUUAUAACAAUAACAAAUCACUGACAAGCACAUUUCAAAAAAUUACUUCAAAAGUGCUUAACUAUAAAUAGCAGAAAUGCAUUUACAUAAAUAUACUUGAAGUUGAUGCUUGAGGUUUUAAGUUUAGUUUGUUGAAGCAUGCAAAAACUUCAAAUUUAGGUGAUUUAGGUACUAAAGGAAAUAAAGUAUCAGAUCACAUGAUUGUUGAUCAAAUUAAAAUAAACAUCUAAUAACUUACGAUUCCGCAGUGAACUAACUGAACCUCAAUUUUAUAAAUCAGGCCUAAUGUGUACCUAUCCGCCUAAUUUCCUAUGUAAAGAACUAUGUAAACCUCUUUUUAUUGUUGCUACUCACAUAAAUUUUCUGGAUCGUUACUUGUUACUGAAUUUCGUUAAAUAUUUACUCGCAGCUUAUUUAUCUUUUUAUUAUCAACUGGUUUACAUAGAGAGUGUUUUUGAAGCAGUAGUUUAGCCUUGAUUGAAUAUUUUAUUGAUAGCAUAAUGAAUAAUGAAAUUACGUUGUUUUAGAAAUAGGUAGUUCAAUUUUGAGUGGUAAACACAAACUAUUGCUCUUGACAUUGUCUAUAAUUUAUGUGAAAGUUUAACUUUAAUUUUGUUAUAGAAAGAUUGUGUUUUUUUGUGGGUGUGUGAAGGCACUCUGUUGACUUUAAUAAAUUGUAAAUCUUCAACCUAAAAAAUUUAAAAAGUGACUAAUGGUUUAUUGUCAGAAUAUACCAAAAAUUUGACGGAAUAAAUCGAAAUCAUGGAUUGGCCACAUUUUAAAGAUUGGUGGAGAUUAAAGAAAUGGAGAAAAUACAGGAGGGCCAGUGAUGUGGAGGCAGAUUCAUCUGAUUCAAUGUGUUACUGUGAUGAUUGCUUUAAUGAAUAUAAUGGUGAUUUGGAAUUAUGCGAUCCCAACAAUAUGACCCUGAACCCUCAAGACGUUCAAGACAUGGAAGAUGGGGGCAAAGUCGUUAUUGUGGGGGUGUGUGCAAUGGAAAAGAAGACCCAGAGCAAACCUAUGAAGGAAAUAUUGACUAGACUACAAGAAUUUGAAUAUAUAAAAGUUAUUGUGUUUCAAGAGGAGGUGAUUUUACAUAAACCAGUUGAAGAAUGGCCAGUCUGCGAUUGUUUAAUUUCGUUCCACUCUAAAGGAUUUCCUUUAGAUAAAGCGAUUCAGUAUGCUCAACUUCACAAUCCAUAUGUGAUCAACAACUUGCACAAGCAAUAUGAUAUUCAGGAUAGAAGAAAAGUGUAUUCUACAUUGGAAUCUGAGGGCAUAGAGAUACCCAGGUAUGCGGUUUUGGAUAGGGAUAGCCCAAAUCCGAUAGAUCAUGAAUUGGUGGAAUCUGAGGAUCACGUUGAAGUAAAUGGAAUUGUUUUUAAUAAGCCGUUUGUUGAAAAACCUGUUUCGGCGGAAGAUCACAAUAUUUACAUAUAUUAUCCUACAAGUGCGGGUGGAGGCAGCCAGAGACUUUUCCGAAAGAUUGGCAGCCGAAGCAGCGUUUAUUCCCCUGAAUCCAGGGUGAGAAAAACCGGUAGCUUUAUAUAUGAAGAUUUUAUGCCAACCGACGGAACAGAUGUUAAAGUAUAUACUGUGGGACCUGAUUAUGCACACGCAGAAGCCAGGAAAUCGCCAGCUUUAGAUGGAAAAGUAGAAAGAGAUAGAGAAGGCAAAGAAAUUCGUUAUCCAGUGAUUUUAAGUAAUGCCGAAAAAUUGAUAUCUAGAAAGGUUUGCCUGGCUUUUAAACAGGCCGUUUGUGGUUUCGAUUUGCUCAGAGCAAACGGAAAAUCAUUUGUCUGUGAUGUAAAUGGAUUUAGUUUUGUUAAGAAUUCGAAUAAGUAUUACGAUGACUCAGCAAAAAUAUUAGGAAACAUGAUAUUAAGAGAAUUGGCGCCUACUUUACACAUACCAUGGUCAGUUCCUUUUCAAUUGGACGAUCCUCCUAUUGUGCCAACUACAUUUGGUAAAAUGAUGGAACUCAGAUGUGUUACUGCAGUAAUAAGGCAUGGCGAUCGUACCCCUAAACAGAAAAUGAAAGUGGAAGUUCGACAUCCAAAAUUCUUUGAAAUUUUUGACAAAUAUGAUGGCUUUAAGCACGGCCAUGUCAAACUCAAAAGGCCAAAGCAAUUGCAAGAAAUCCUUGAUAUUGCCAGGUCAUUGCUGGCCGAAAUUCAGCAGCACGAAGCCGAUCCUGAGAUCGAAGAAAAACAAGGGAAACUGGAACAACUUAAAGCUGUUUUGGAAAUGUAUGGACAUUUCUCUGGCAUCAACCGAAAAGUCCAAAUGAAAUAUCAGCCAAAAGGAAGACCUAGAGGUUCGAGCUCUGACGAUGUAGAUAGACCAGCCGACCCAUCAUUAGUCCUCAUACUCAAAUGGGGCGGAGAACUUACUCCAGCAGGACGAAUCCAGGCAGAGGAGCUUGGUCGAAUUUUCAGAUGCAUGUACCCUGGAGGACAAGGUAGACAUCUUGCCGGUGAAUAUGCUGGAGCCCAGGGCCUGGGACUACUUCGUCUGCACUCAACGUUUCGUCACGAUUUGAAAAUCUACGCCUCGGAUGAGGGCAGAGUGCAAAUGACAGCUGCAGCCUUUGCCAAGGGCCUAUUAGCGCUAGAGGGCGAACUCACGCCAAUUUUAGUGCAAAUGGUAAAAAGCGCAAAUACGAACGGCCUAUUAGAUAACGACUGUGAUAGCAGCAAAUAUCAAAAUAUGUGUAAAGCUAGAUUACACGAAUUAAUGCAAAUUGAUCGUGACUUUACUGAAAAUGAUAGGGAAAAAAUUAAUCCUUGCAAUUCGGCUAGUAUUAAUGAAGCAAUGGAUUUUGUUAAAAAUCCAUAUAAAUGUUCGAAGCACGUCCACGAACUUAUCAAAUCGCUUAUGGAAAUUGUGCAAGUUAAGAAAGAAGAUGGUAAGACCAAAGAAGCAAUCCUGUAUCAUGGCGAAUCGUGGGAUCUUAUGUACAGAAGAUGGGGCAAAAUCGAAAAAGAUUUCUACACAAAAAAUAAAACUUUUGACAUCAGUAAAAUACCGGACAUUUACGAUUGCAUUAAAUAUGAUUUGCAACAUAAUCAACACACAAUACAAUUUGAGCAAGCUGAAGAACUGUAUAUUUAUGCUAAAUAUUUGGCUGAUAUUGUCAUACCUCAAGAAUAUGGUUUAACUGCACAGGAGAAAUUGACUAUAGGUCAAGGAAUUUGCACGCCACUGUUGAAAAAAAUUAAAGCUGAUCUUCAGAGGAACAUAGAAGAAAGUGAAGAGACUGUAAAUCGAUUAAAUCCUAGAUAUUCUCAUGGUGUAUCCAGUCCAGGACGUCACGUUAGAACACGAUUGUAUUUUACAAGUGAGAGUCAUAUACACUCUCUUAUAACUGUGUUAAGGCAUGGGGGAUUACUCGAUCUCGUUAAAGAUGAACAAUGGCGCCGAGCAAUGGAAUACGUUUCAAUGGUUUCUGAGCUGAAUUACAUGUCCCAAAUAGUAAUCAUGUUAUAUGAAGACCCUACAAAAGAUCCAUGCAGCGAGGAACGUUUCCAUAUCGAGCUUCAUUUCAGUCCAGGUGUGAACUGUUGCGUUCAGAAGAAUCUCCCUCCUGGUCCUGGUUUUAGGCCGCAUUCUCGAAACGAAUCGGCCGCUAGUAAAAACUCCACUCCGAACUCGUCAACUACACCGACACCGGAUGAUAUUAAAAAUCAAAUAAUCGUUGAAGAUGCCAAAAUAAUAUCGGUAAUCGAGGAGGAGAAAAUUAUGAUUGGUAUGCCGAGUGUUAUCGAAAGCACUCCGUUAAAUAAUUUAUCGCCUGAAGAUUCUCCAGAGAAUAGCCCGAAUUAUAGUUUCAGUCGGAUUUCAAGAUUUGGACAAACUAGUGCACCAAUUCCUAUAGGAAGCGCGCACACUGUUUGCGGCCACGAGGCUCUACAGCUAGCCAAAUGUCUCACCAAAGAAUUGGCCAACCAGGCGACUCAGGCUAGCGGCAGAUCCUAUAAUAAUAAUAGAGCAAUAAGUCCUGAACCAGAACCUAGAUCUAGAAGCUAUGAUCACAAAAGUCCACGGAAAGGAAAAGCUGAAAAGUUCCAUCAAAGUUUAGACGCCGUUAACAAUCCAGAGUGCGGCCAAGCCAUCAAACGCCAUCGACACAGUAUUGCCGGACAGAUGAGCUACUUUAAGCUCAUGGGACUGAGUUAUGGAAUGCCUGGAUUCAAAAAGCUGAUUGCUGGAAGCACCAACAGUUUGUUUUCCACCGCGGUGAUAUCGGGAAGUUCCAGCGCGCCGAAUCUUUGCGAUAUGAUUCCAAGUACUGCCAGUUCUUCAGAAGGAUUUGGAGGUGUUCCACCUAUAAGACCACUAGAAACUUUACAUAACGCAUUGUCUCUCAAGCAAAUUGAUGGUUUCUUGGUCAGAAUGACUACUGCUCAACUGUACAGGACGCCAUCUUCUACACCACCCAAGUUUCCUUCUACGCCACUACCUACUCCAACUGGCAGUGUUAUUGUCGAAUAUGGAAACACGCCAGGGAAAAGUGGAACUUUGAAGUUGCAAUCUCCUAAUAACAGUGUGGGUUGGAGUGGCCCACCAAGCUUCAUGUCAAGCGGCCCAUCAUCGCCAGGCCUAUCGGAUACCAACUCUAAGGAGAGCAGCGAAAUGUCCUCUAGCAUCAUGAGUGCCGACGGCAUGAACAUCGACGACUUCUCUAAAAUAUUUCCAACAGCUCCUGGGCUGGAUAAUGAGUUAGGUAGAAUCGGAAUGACUUUAGAUGGCAUUGACAGAGAAAUAUCUGGAUCAUUGGAGUUUGGCGAAUAUUACGCUAAUCUACAUAGGCAUCAAGAAGGUGGUGAAAUCACUCCAAUAUCCUACGGUUCUGAAGCUGAAUUUAAUACCAACGAUGCCACAGCUGGUUCAUCAUCGGCCCCAGAUUUUGAUUUUACUAUUACAGAAGAGAUUAUAGAUAAAGAUGAUAUAGAAAUGAUUGAUAAUGAUGGUACUUUGACUAGUAUGACUUCAAAAUCUUUUAUAGACAAUUGUAAUGCUUCUCGAUCUAGUGCAUUUGCUGUUAUAUCACCAUUAAGUCUUAAUGUUCGCAUCUGCAAUAAUGACCUUGGUGGUGAUCAAAAACUAAAAUCCAAUAUUAAAAGAGCCCAAUCCUUAUAUACCAGAAAAAGUGAUAUGGAUACGGUUGAUAUUAGAAAUUUAUUGAAAGAUUAUGCUAAAUUUGAUAAAGGGGCUUCAACUUCAAAUCCCAAUGUGAAUAUCUCCAAUGUGGGCUGUUUGAAAUGGAGCACAAGCAAAGAAAAAUUCUUUGAUAUAAACAAAGAAACUAAAACAGACAAUAUUGACUUUGGGAAAAAUCUUAAUACUGGCGCUAGCAAAAAAAUUGAUAAAGACUUGGAUCCAGGGUCUAUUCUCGUUAAAGAAGGAUUUAUAGAUCCUCCAAAAAUAUCCCGAGUAUCUAAAAGCUUUCAUGGAAAUUCUAGUAAUUAUUUAGAUAUAGAAAGUAGCCCUAGAAGAGCGAGUGCUAUUCCAUUAGCCAAUAAAAUUCAGAAUGAUACUUCAUAUAAAAGUAGGCCACAAUUUGUUACCCAAUUAUCCCAACCUUGUUCAGAAAGCAUUAAAAUGUUGGGAAAUAUGCCUAUUAGAAACAAUUCCUUGUCAACUGAUUCUGUUAUCAAAAGUCCUAGAUUUACUACAAUUAAAGUGGAUGAAGAGGAGCAUGCAGCAUCCGUUGGUGCAGUUUAUGCAAAAAGAGCCAUGAAGAAUGAACAAAGUAAUUCCGAAAUGGAAAGUUCAGGCAAAAGAAAGAAUUUAGACGAUAAGUUAAACUAUGAGUAGUAAGUCGAUAGAACCCCAAAUUUUAUUUUAAUAGAUUGUAAAUUGAAAGCAAAUAAGAAUAGAGUUUAGCGAAAUUGAAUCAAUCAUUGUUGACCUAAUCAAUGUCCAUUAGUAUUAUCUGGAAAAGUAUUAAAUAUCUUUAUGUACACAUUAAUUUGUAUUUUUUUUUAUUAUGGAGCUUGAAAAAAUGGAGGUGUCUUAAAAAAAUGCACUAGAAAGUGAGAUAGUUAUUAACGUUAGAAAGCCGAUAAAUCGCAAAUAACACCCGAGUUUGAAAUCUGAGGCGAUAUCCUAGGAUUAUGAUCAGUCAUGGUUGUAGGAAGGUUAGCAUGUUAUUUAUUAGUACAUGAUGUGAUAUAUGUAUAUUAAUAGGACGGAACUUGUUGCUGGUCUUGUCAGCAUUAUUGUCAUUCUAGUCUAGUCUAGUCAAAUCUUAUAAUAUCUUGUAGCUCCAUUAUUUCAUUAUAAAGUUUAUUUAAAUUAUAUUAUUAUGGUUUAUUUAAUUAAUUAUGAACAACCAUAAUUAACAUGGCGCAGUCGUGAGUCGAGUGGAG